AUGUCUGGUUUCAUCCCAAAUCAUCUCUUCUUGAUGGUUUCCCAGCUGGACCAGGAGCCAGCACCUUCACGGACUGAGCUGGAGGGCCUCACGGCGCGCUUGCAAGCCGAAUGUCUCCAAGUCUCACGCUCAGUGCAAGAGCUACGGGAGGAAUGCUGCGAAGCAAUCCAACGGGAGGUUCGAGCUCGCUUAGAGCACCAUCGCAACUUGCAAGAGGAGUUUAAGGAGGAGGUCAAGACGCGCUUGCAGGUCUUUGGCCGAUUGGAGCGCGAGAUCCGGGAACUGAAGCUGGAAAUGGUGCCAGAGGUGCCAGACACAUCGCACACAGCGAUACCCAGGCCCAUGGGGAGCAUGACCAUGGCCCUUCCCGCGGUACGAGCUGAGGGCCAGGUGGCGCCCUAUGUCAUGGAACCCCUGGCCUCGCCCUCGUCACCGUACCCUGCCUCCCUUCAAAGUGAGCAACUCAUGGGUUGCGGGACCUGA